CUUGUCACUUACAAUGAGGCUUUCUUUUGCCUUCCUGGGCUCUUUUGAUGCAAUCUUUGCUUCCUACCCCCAAUCUCACGCGUGAAAGUGCAUGAAAUUGCGUGUCGGAUUCACCGAUUGUCCAAGCUCUUGUUAAUCUGUAAUGCCCGGUCGAGAUGUCACUAACCCUCUGCAAGUACUUUCAACGCGGGGCGUGUACGAAAGGGUCGAGUUGCUUGUUCUCACAUAAUCUCUCUGCUGCGAAGGCCGCACCACCGGUAACAUGUCCUCACUUCAUUUCAGGAAAAUGUCGAUACGGUGACAAGUGUAUCAAUCUCCAUACCAAGGGGUCUCCGGCGUACCGUACUGAACACCCACAAGAGUCGCCAUCGAUACGAGGUGCUUCAGUAUCUGUAGAAGCAGAUGCUGAAAUAGAGUUUCCUCCGGCUGAGGCUGAGGCUGCAGAUGCUGGAUCAUCGAGAAAUUCCCCACCCCUGCCGCCUGAAGUCGACGCUGGAGUAGAAAGCUCUGAUCUGCCGCCCAGAGACCAGUACCCUUCUGAAUCUUCCUCUUUGGAAACUCUCGUUUCUGCCUCGCCACCUAGCAAGGAGCAUGGCGAUAAAACACCUGAAGAGAUCCAAGCACCUAAUACACUGUCUUCUCUUCCCUCCCCUUUCAACCACUCUCCGAUACUCUUAUCAUCUGAUGCGACUCUUGAUGGUCCCGCAGUUCAUUCCCCCUCAAAGCAGCAUGAGAGCCUACCUUGCUUGAUGUAUGCUAUGCAAAGAUCAUGCACAAUUCUGACCUGUCGUCUUCCUCACUUCCUCACAGAUCAUCAGUAUCAUCUUCUUCUAGCUAAUCCAAACCGUCCGACACCGCUAUGCAAUCGCUUUGCGAUUAGAGGGUCUUGUCCAGAUUCAUCGUGUGUACUUCGACAUGCCUUGUUACUAGAGGAAUGCCACCUCCUGCAACAAGAGAUGCAAGGUCCUCCAGACUCUGACGCGAUACCAGCACCCGGACCUGCGGCCCCAGUAUGCUCCUUCUAUUCGGAGGGCAAGUGUCGGAAUGGCCGGCAAUGUCCCUAUCGACACGAAGGUCCUCCUCGCGAUAGUGAGCAUGAUACAGGGUUUAGAACUCGAAAUAACGUCUGCAAAUACUACUUGUCCCCUGCAGGGUGCAAGAAUGGAAACAGUUGCACGUUUUCUCAUGAAGACGCCUCGACCUCCGCGUCGGCAGGCCGUAGCCAUUCGUCAGAGUUUGCUGGCGAUGGGUGGGGUAAUGAACACUCUUCACAGAGCUAUCAGACCGGCAAUGCAGAGGACCGGGGAAACACAUCUAGCGACCAAACUCGAUCAUCUAAACCAUGCCGAUAUGGCAAAAGCUGUUCUUAUGGCGAUAAAUGUUUCUACAGUCACGAUAGCGACCCCUCUGAAGCUGAAGGUGCUGAAGCACCCGAGGUGCCGCACGGAUGGGGAGAGGAGCAGGAAGAUGAUGCUUGGAAAGCGUCGAGCUGGGAUGAUCCAGGAGGAGCGUCUUGGGAUAAUCCAGGAGGAGCGUCAUGGGAUGAUCCUGUAGAUGCAGUAGCCCAAGAUGAUCACCAUAAACAACCCGAAGAUGAAGCUUUGAGUGUAGAUGGGGUCCAAGAAGGCGAUCAGGACACUACUUCUGCGGGCGUGGAUGAGCACUAUGAUCUGGAACCCCCCGUAGUCAAUCUUUUCAACUGCGUGGUCAAGUACGGGCCUGGUGCCAUCCCGGACUCUGUCACCACGCCCUUUAAUACUUCCACACUCCUGCUUUCCAACCUUCCUCCGGAUGUAUACGAUGACUCCAUCGCUGAGAUGGUCCAGUCCUAUGGUACUCCUGUCGAAAUUGGACUCGAACCCGCAGACAGCACUGCACGGAUCAAAUUCGAGGAGUGCUGGGCAGCUGCGCUGGCCGCUCAAAGUCUCAACGGCACCGAAUACCAAUCCAUUACAUUGACGGCUACAGUCGACGAAACCAAUGUUCGACUCUAUGAAUUUGCCAGAGUAAGCAGGACAGUCAAAUUGACGUGGACCACACCCCAUUGCACCGCAUGGUUUUUCUAUGACUCGAUUACGGAGGCAAAGAGCGAGGUGGACAGGUUGAACAAAUUGUCGUUCCAGGGUAAAGCAAUCAAGGCAGAGUUCAACCGCCCGAAAAAGAACCAGAAGAACUCUUUUUCUGUUCAAAUACAUGGUCUUCCGACUGAGGUUGACUCUGUUACGCUCAAACACUCCUUGGAAGUACACCCAGAAUUGUCCAUCCAUAUAGGUCCACCGUCCUUCGCCGGAGACCCCGUACAGCGCCUUCAGGAGGAGCUUACAUGCUUCGGGGAGGUGGAUAACGUCGAGGUCGUCGCUUAUGAUGGUCCGGACUCGAUGACGACGGGAUUUGCUCAUUUUGUAACGGCUUGUGCUGCAGCCAAAGCAGUGGGAGCGCUCAACGGGAAAGUGAAUGCUUCCCUGAGUGGCCUGGGCUGCCUAGGGGUCAAACACACCUUCCUCAUUCGUCACAAUGUUGAUCAGUGCGUAUUCACGCCUAUUCAAACCGAGGUUGAAUCUUUACGUGAUGAGUACAAAACCUGUCAAAUUCUCGCCCAGGACGGGGAUGAUGGUACAGUCGUCCUCCGUCUGUUUUCGCCUAACCAAGAAGAAUACACGCAAGCCAGAAAAUGUUUGGAUAUGAUGGUGUUGGGCGAGCCGCUGCUUGUCGAAGGGAAGGCAUUAUGGGAUCCUUAUUUUGAUCUGGCCAGCUGCCAGAAACAACUCUCUCGUCUCAACAAGAAACAUGGCGUGCACAUCGGACUCGAUUUCUUAAAUCGUAUCGUCCGUGUAUGUGGUCCCAAAGAACGGCGACUGGAGGCUAAGCAGAACAUCCUUAAUUUGUUGGAGCUCGUUCAUUCCCAACAGUUCUGUGUACCCCUUCCUCAGCGUUCCUUGCAUGGCUUGUUGAACGGCGGCUUGGAGCAGUUAUAUGAUGCGAUCGGGGCGACGAAAGUCGAUAUGGACCUGAUCGAUAGAACACUCCUUGUUCGUGGUUCAAAGGAAAACAAGCAAAAAGCAGAAGAGAUCCUCCAAACUCUCAUAUCAUCUCCGGAAGGAAAUGACCAUUCUCAAUGCGGCCUUUGCUGUGCCCCGCCUGUCAAUCCAGUGACCCUCCCUUGCGGUCACUUGUACUGUCGCUCCUGCAUGCACACCCUCAUACGUUCUGUCAUAAGUCCCAAAUUUUCGGGCUUGAAGUGUGUCGCCAAGGUGCACUCCGAUGAUGAUGAUUCGGAUGUAUCUGAAUGUUCAGCUUUCAUCCCUCACCAGAAAUUCAUGCAAAUUCUCCCGAAAGAGGAACAGGACAACCUCCUGGAGUCAUCCUUCUUGGCCUACCUUCACGAGCGUCCCGACAAAUUUUUUUACUGCCCAACGCCUCAUUGCGCUUCAGUGUACCCAGCACAAAACCCGAUCCCGGGAGCCAUGCUUCGAUGCCCGACUUGUUCUGCCUGGAUUUGCCCAUCAUGCCGUGUUACAUUUCACGAAGGCUUGACAUGUGAGCAAUACAAGGCGGUAUUAACGCAUCGCGAAUCCAAAGAAAAAGAACAAGAACCCAAAGAGCAGGAAGGAUCAGAGAGCCGUGCGUUAGUCGUCAUUAGCUAGUGGGCACCAGGUGUAUGGUCAGAUAAAAGCGGACCUUGUCGUUGUUUAGGAUUUACAGGCAUACUCAAGUAGCUACAUACACACUACGCGACCUUCAUGUUCACAAAUCAUACUCGUCCGCAUUCAAGAUUAAGGUGGUGAAGAAACGGAUCAUCUCGAGGAGUGCAUCGACGUUCAUGUCUAAGC